AUGGGUUUUGUGAAUACUAUGCCUGUUCCUGGCCCUUCCGACUCAUCCGCUGCUUCCAGCAGCACCAGCAGCGGUCUCAUUGAAGGAGGCCCUUCCAAUAGAGCUGACACAUUUCAGACUGACACAUCAACUUCUCGCACCGCAUUUGUGAAUUAUAUUGUGGGCAGUUGGACUAGCGGGGUAUCCAACAACUUGGAAGGUACAUCAAAAUUCUUGCUAUGA